AUGAACACUCUAGAAUCUGUAGCCCAGUCCCUUGCUGGGCUGUCAAUCACCCCAUCUGCCAGCGUCACGCAUGCUGAAACAAAUUCCCCGGCAUCUUGGCGAGAAACGCUACUUGCGACCUCAUCUGCGCCUAAAUCAUUCGAGCUGAUCAAAACGCUCGUCUACAAGCCGAAGACUGCAAAAACUGCGAUUCCGGUCCCUGUUGUCGUCAUUGCCCAGGAUCUGCUUGCCGAAUUUUUCGCGCUCGAUAAGAACUCUUUGUCGCUACUUUCAUUGACUAGCGAGACGUUCCCAAAAGUUGUUACUGUGAUUGAUGCAUCGAUCACGUCCUCCUCAUCAACAUUUGCGUUGCACGCACUGUCCUCGAGUGCAACUGUCUUCCUUUCUGGACAGGAUAUCCUGUCUUACCUCCGAAAACUUGAGACUGAGGACUUAAAAGUCCAAGAAAUCGACUUUACUUCCCUCAAGUCUGAUGUCGCCGCGGCUCCUUCAAAACCUGCUGCAAAAGAGAAAGAGGUCGCGAAAAUCGAUGGCGCCGUUCAGAUCGCCAUCGGUGUCAAGAAGGAAGUCGAUUUCUCUGCGUGGUAUCAGAGCGUCUUAAUAAAAGCAGAAAUGCUCGAGUACUACAGUGUUAGUGGGUGCUAUAUCUUGAGGCCGUGGUCGUACAGUAUCUGGGAGGAGAUCCAAGACUGGUUCAACAAGAAAAUCAAGGCAAUGGGCGUUCAGAAUGUAUACUUCCCUAUGCUUGUGUCACAAAAGGUGCUCGAACGCGAGAAGGACCACAUUGAGGGUUUCUCUCCGGAAGUUGCAUGGGUUACAAGAGCUGGGAGCUCUGACCUUGAGGAGCCGGUAGCCAUUCGUCCGACAUCUGAGACUGUCAUGUAUCCUUACUAUGCCAAAUGGAUCAAGAGUCAUCGAGAUUUGCCACUGAAAUUGAACCAAUGGAACAACGUCGUCCGAUGGGAGUUUAAACAUCCGCAACCGUUCCUCCGUACUCGGGAGUUCCUGUGGCAAGAGGGCCAUACUGCUCACCUUACCAAGGCCGAGGCUGAUAAGGAAGUUCGGGAGAUCCUCGACUUGUACCGCCGCGUGUACGAGGAACUCCUUGCUGUUCCUGUCAUUCCUGGUAUCAAAUCCGAGAAGGAGAAGUUCGCUGGUGCCCUCUAUACCACCACGAUUGAAGGCUUUGUACCUUCCUCGGGCCGUGGUAUUCAGGCUGCUACCUCGCACUGCUUGGGCCAGAACUUUUCGCGCCCAGAAAUGUUUAACAUCAUGGUCGAGGACCCGAAUGAUCCCUCUGGCCAAGGCAAGACCUUUGCAUGGCAAAACUCGUGGGGAUUGUCGACCCGGACAAUUGGUGUGAUGACUAUGGUGCACGGUGAUAACCAAGGCUUGGUCCUUCCUCCGCGAGUUGCAUCUAUCCAGGCUGUCGUAGUUCCGUGUGGUGUCACAGCAAAGACGAGCGAUGAAGACAGAGCUAAGAUUAACAAUGCCUGCGAUGACCUCGCAAAAUCUCUGAUAGAUGGGGGUGUCCGGGCGAGGGCAGAUCUUAGGGAGGGUUACACCCCCGGAUACAAAUUCAACGACUGGGAACAAAAGGCAUGUUCUCUACCAUCGGCUGCCGGUGUUCCCCUUCGUUUGGAGAUAGGGCCGAAUGACCUUGCGAAGCAGCAGACGUUGUCCGUGCGCCGUGAUACCGGUGCAAAGACCCCCGUUGCUCUCGCUGACCUUGCCACCACAAUCCCGAAGAUGCUCGAAACUAUCCAGAGCGAUAUGUUCCAGCGUGCUCUCGCUGAGUACAACGCGCAUGUAAAAGAAGUUACACGAUGGGAAGACUUUGUCCCCACACUAGACAGCAAGUGCAUAGCUGUCAUUCCGUGGUGCGAGCGUGAAGCAUGUGAAGAUGACAUCAAGGAGCGAAGCGGUAGAGCUGCAGAACCGCAGGACGAGCGUGCCCCGUCCGCCGGUGCCAAAUCCCUUGCUAUUCCGUUCGAGCAGAAGCGUUGGUCUCCUAUCAAAUUGGGAGAAACGAAGUGUGUUGGCUGUGGACAAGACGCAAAGCGUUGGACCAUGUUUGGGAGAUCCUAUUAG